CUGGCGGAGAGGGAGGACUGCGCCGGCGCGGGUAAGAUGGCGGACGAUAAGGACACACUGGGUAAGCUGAAGGACCUUGCACAGCUGAAGGGUCAACUGGAGAGCAUCCAGCGGAAGGUGGAGGAGGAGGUUCAGAUGGGAUUACCGAAUGGUGGCUCGCUACUCGCCUCUCCGUUCCUGAAGGGCUUCCUCGCUGGCUACGUGGUGGCAAAGCUGCGGGCAUCUGCUGUGCUAGGCGUGCUGGUGGGCACAGUCACUGGGAUCUAUGCAGCCCAGAACUACAACAUCCCCAACGUGGAGAAUUCUGUCAAAGACUACCUGAACUCCCUGAAGAAGGGACCAAAGUAAGGAUCUCCAACUCCAACUC